GUGUGAGGCGCCCCUUCUUGGUCGGGGAAGGUGGCUGAACAACAAGUUUGCGAGCAAGACACAGGGCGAAGGAGCCAUUGAGCGUGGGGACUGACCUGGUGCGUGAAGCGAACCAUGUCUGCGCCUACCGCGGAGGGUGCGGCGGCGCCCGUCACCGCUGCCCCCGAGGUCAAGGCGGACCCAAACGACGAUGUGCCGGUGCGACAACGCGUGUUUGUGGGCGGCUUGGCUGCGACAUCCGAUCACGCGGCCCUGGCCAAGCAGCUGGAGCGGUUUGGCAAGGUUCACGAGGUGGUACAGCCGAGCUCGGUGACCAAUGACGUACACCCAUAUGCCUUUGUAACCAUGACCAUUGCGCCCAAGCAGCUGCGGCGGUUGCAAAACACCUAUUCGAGUGCUCGCUGGAAAGGCAUGCUGCUCAAAAUUUGUCCUGGCAAAUCCUUUUAUCGUGAUCGUCUGGUGGAAGAGGCCCGACAAGCCAAGCGCAACCUUCGCCGCCGCCGCCGGCGCUUGCAUCGUGCUCUUCAAGAACGCGGUGUCUCAGGCUCGGUCGCACCGCCACCCUCGAACGAGGAGCUGGCUCAGCGCGAAGGCUGGGCCGUCGGCCGCUACUCGCGUGCUUUACCGACCAUGCAGCUCUGGAAUCCCAAGAAGCGCGAACCCUUUACGAUUGAUGCCAAACACGCCACCACCCGCAUCAAGCGCCUGUUUAACCCCAAACAUGAUCAUCGCGAAGAUCCCAUUCUGGACGCCGCGCUGUCCAGUCCCGUGUCGUGGUUCUAUGAACAACCCACCAUGACGCCUGCCGAGCGAGCGCUCGCACCCAAAGCAGCGGCAGAACAAUCACACACGGGCACGACCACAGGGACAAGCGCCCCUCAGUCUACCACUCCAAAGCCUGUCCCAGCCCCUGCCCCAACGCCAGCUGCCAUGGAGACAAGCAAGGAGCCUGCCUUGUCGGAUGAGGACCGUGCACUGCGGGAGGAACACGCCAUGCAACAAGCCGUUCUUGCAAAGCUGGGUCUCUUGCCAACACCGACACCCGAUUCAUCACCAACGCCCGCACCAGCAUCAGCGCCUGCCGCAGGUGGUUCUGCCAAGGAUACACUGACGCCGACUGCCGUCCAAGCUUCAGUCGCCACCACGGGUCGCGGUGCGUGGUCAAGUGCGCCACGCUUUGACCCAACGCGACCGGAUGCAGAUCAAAUUGUGAGCGAACAUGCGGCAGCUAUGGAUGAGGCAGCCGAUAACGAGCCUAGGGACCUUGAAACCAAGCCGCCGGUCGAGGCACCCGUUGCCGAGGCGGAUGCUGAGGCGACGCCGGCCGAACCGGAGGCACCGGCCGUGACUACUGAGCGGUUUGCCGAGGUCAAGGGCAAUCUCUUUGACUCGAUCAAGCCGGCUAGUGGUGACUGGCGCAACAUGGAGACAGUGUCAACCUUUAGCUUUUUCGGGCAUGCCAAUGCCACGGACGACGAUGCUAGCACGCCCGCACCUGACGCAGUCGUUCCCAAGGCAGGCAACCCAAGCACCAAGAUUUCUGCAACGGCCCCCAGCUUUUCGGCCGUGUCAGCGUCUCAACUGCACCAACCGGCCUCUGUGCAGCGACCAUCGUUUUUCAUUGCCCAAGCAGGGCUUGAUUCAUUGCGCGCGGAAGGCGCCCUUUUCUGCCGCCAGGAGACACCCGAGGCCGUUACGACGCAGUGGCAGGCGACCAAGGGUGCGGUUCACAAGGAGUUCAAAAUGCGGCACAAAGCUGCACUUCGGCGGCUUCGUCGCACCCAGCGCUCGUCGGGCGCGCCAGGGCGGCCCAAGGCUGCGUAAAACAAGCCAACUCCCUCGAGCUUGAGGGUUAAAUUCUUAAGAGUACGGCCUUGUGCCGCUGAAUCAACCACUGUGUGGACGUGACACCCUCGCUGAGGUCUUGAAAGCUCCAGUGCAUACUCGAGUGCAGGGAACCACCUGGUAGACUCUGCAUUAUGCCAGCUCGCUACCGCCUGAAUUGAUUGAUAUGCCCACCC